AUGGUUUGUCUAGUUGGUAUAUUUUAUUGUAAGAAGGCAUAUUCUGCAGGGGAACUUAUCUCAGGAUACAUAACCCUACAGAUCCCAAGUGUUAUUUCAAUUGAAAGCAUUAUCCUGACAAUCGACAAAGAAUCUGAAAUUAAAGUGGAUGAAGUCAACAGUAAAUUAGUCUCAAAUGAAAGAGCAACAAGACAUUUAGGCAGGUUUAUUAUAUACGGAAAUAGAACAAAGAGAAUGCUCCCAGGAGUACACACAUUUCCCUUCAAUUUUAGAAUGGUCUCUGAUGAAGGAGCCACAAUUGAGUACAAGAAAAUCACCCAGACAAAAAAUAUUUACGCCUUGAAUAAGUACAUAAGCAGGUGCGAAGUGAAAAUAUACGGGAUAUUUAAGCCAGUAGCAAAAUACACCCGGGAAAUACAUCUUAUAGAACCAGUCCUAGAGAAUAUUCAGAAGAUAAAUUAUAAGCACCAGAUAAAUAACUGUCUUUGCUUUGGUAAUAAAUCCACAGAAAUAUUCAUAGUACAUGACUCAGUCCUGUACGCAGGUAAGACUCAUUCACUGGAAAUUUCUCUAAGCCCAGGGGCAUCAAUAGGGAAGAUAGAGUGCUAUUUAGAAAUGAAUUUAUGUUCAUUCACAGAUGCAAUAAACCCAAUUACCCUACUAUUUCCAUGUAAGACAACAGAAAUAAACGGAAAAAUAAGUCUAUUAGUAGAUGAAACUGUUCCUUCAGAGACAUCAAGAAAUGACUUUUUUUCAAUUUCUUACAACAUGGUAAUUAAUGUGGCAAUAAAAGGUGGUGGUACCACAAGAAUAUUAAGACCAGUCUCAAUACGUGGCAAGGACUCAUACGGUGAAUAUACUCCGCCUGAGAUACCUGAGAGUGCCAUCUACCCUGAAAAGUAUCUUUCACUGCACUGUUAA